AUGCCGAUCGGUGAUCUUCUUGCCCAGAUUUCCGGGGGGCCAAACCCAACGAUGACGAUGCCGACCGCCACUCUCCCACCAAAGCGAAAAGCAAACGAUGAUUUGAGGAAGCCGGUUGACAAACUGCAAAAGCCAAAUACUGUGGUUACAACGAAACCGAUCACCCAAGCGCAACGUCCUACAGCUGUUGAUACAAGUAUGGGCAGGAUGAGGAUUGACACAAACUCGCGAAAACCGGCUCCGCGCUCGGCUAACACCGCCAACACUACAUUCAAGAAUGGACAACCAACUCCUCCACCUUCUUCCACCGAAUCAGCAAAACCUCCCAAGAAAGGGUCAUUUCAGGAGAUUUUGGCACGAGGGAAAGCCGCUCAAGCUUCUAUGGGACAGGUCGGAGUAAUUAAACACAAAUCCAUCGAAAAAGCACCGCCGAAACGAGAGAUGGAUAAAGCAAGGACGCAAAAAGGGAAGACUAUUCAAAAGGGACUGGAACCGGAUUCUAAAUUUCAGAGGUCUAGCCAGGUCUCAGGUCGGAAUGGUCCAGGUGGUCAAAGUGGUACAAAUGCAAUGAAGUCUGCCAAGGCUCCGCCUCCAGCUGUUGAAAAGAAGGUUAAAAAGGCUGCAACAGCGACAACUGGAUACACUGGAACUGCUCGCCCAAGACCAGGCGGUGGUACAACUACUUCCAAACCUGCUACAUCUUCAUACUCAUCUCGUAGUGGAGGUAACGACCGAUAUAAAAAUGGUAGAAAGAAUCUUGAUCGCUACUACGCCACUGAUGAGGACGAGGACGAUAUGGAGGAAGAUAUUGAGGAGGAUGACUAUGCAUCUGAUGUAUCCUCUGAUAUGGAAGCAGCAACAUUUGAAGUUGAUGAAGAAGAAGAACUGGCUGCUGCUAUUGCAAGGAAGGAAGAUGCUGAGGCACUUGCCGAGGAGAACAGACUCAAGAAGGAGAAAGCUGAAAAACGAGCAAGGCUUGCAGCUAUGGCCAAGUCCAGAAGAUGA